UGAUGUCCGACCCACAAGAUGAUCUACCUUCAGACCUUCACACUGCUUUUGCUUGUCUCUUCGAUAUCCUCUACUCCGAUAUGCGGCUCCUUGAUUACGUAUCGUCAGUAUACCGACAUUCUGGAACAUGCACCCCCUUGUUUCCGAGAAGGCUGUGUUCUCGGCAACCACUCUACUCUAUCAUCGAAUUGCCCGACGGGACAUCCAUGCUCAGAAUUAUGGGCAAGCAUCUCAAAGCACGCAAGCUUAGAUUGGUGUGCCUCGCCAUCAUGCCAGGACGACAAAGCAUGCCGAACACACGGUUGGCCUAUCAUCAACUCUACACGCUUGUGCCAGUCCCAACCGGAUGACUGGAUGUAUAUCAGCGGCGAAUGCUGUGCUUCAGGAAACGAACCUUUCGAUAUUGCCCGGUGGAUCAAAAGACACUGUACUCAGGAAUGGAGAGCUAACUUUACGUACUUUGGAGGCAUGGCACGCGACGACUGGCUGGAGUACAUAUUACCUUGGAACUGGACAAUCCAUUACGACGACUCCACUGGAGGAGUUCGCAGAACCCCGAAAUGCCACCGUCCUUCAUACUAUCUUAAGCUUUUUGCGCUAGAAAGUCUAGCUAUCUUUCUCGCCCUGAUAUCCAUUCCGUACAUCCAAUUGUUCUUCCACUAUUCGGGGAAGUGGCACUUCACACUUCCAAUCCUUAGGUCCUUGAACGAUUCAGAGGCUCUGGAAUUGGUCCAGCGAUGUAUCUUGUCUAUCAAAUGGCUCUGGAAUGAGUACUUGAAGGUCUACAUAACUUGGCCUUUGGAGCAACUAUGGAAUUGCCUCACGUGUAAACCUUGUCGUGAAUCUAGCACGUCCAGCUCUGCCACGAAGGAUGUCGUGCAGGCUUUAUCGGUUGCUUUUGUUUGGGCUGGACUGAGUGCAGGAGUUACUAUUUACAAUGCGUUUCAUAUAAAGACAAGACCAGGAUUUGAAAACAUCCAUCCUUGGCGACUCGCUUUUCUUUGGUUUGCUCGUCCCAAUUUCUCUUGGACUACCUGUAUCAUUGGACUAUUUAAUCGGAAACGGCUGGUAGAAUAUCUGGAAAGAAAGAGUACCAAGAAGAAUGACCUCUACGUGGUCGGGCUAUGGACUAAGGUCGCAUACAGCGCAGCGAUCAGUGAACUGCUCAUGGAGAUGCUGGGGGCGUACUCCUUAGUACGAACGACACAUAUCGGCCGUAUCCGAGAGUUCUACAUCUCACACCACCUGUACCAGUACUACCGAGGACACGCAGCCCGCCGCAUGUACAAUGGUGCGUUGGUCUGGGCAAUUACUGUGCCUAUCCUCUUCGCCUUCUGGGUCUUGGCAGCUCUAAGGUUUGGGAAGUCCGUGAGGAGAUUCGAAAAAGCUACGAACCCCAGCGAAGAUUUAAAGAAUAAACGGAAAGAGAAUAGGAAAAAGUUUUGGCGCAAGAUGGGCUCUACAUUUUGCGGCUUAACCGAAGACCAAGAGAAAGACACGACCGCCGUCCCGAAGCCAGGUGCUCGGCUCGUGAAGAUGGCCCGAAAAGACUCAUCCUCCUUUCCUUACCGUCUGCCAAACGGUGCUCGAAGAUUCUUCAGCAAGUACAUCAUCCCAGGUCAUGUAAGACGAUGGUUUGGUAUGAUCAUUCCGGACGGAAAGGUGCGCACCUGGAUCCGGCGCCAUUUGUUAAGAGCGCCCCUCGGCGAUAGCAUGCAGCGCUCACUGUCACGUAAAAAGAGUAUUCGUACGCAUACAGAAAGGUGUGACUCCUCAAGUCUUCUCCAAUAUCAGGAAGAAAUGAAUACUCAACCGGAACUGGAAAUGGCUCCCAUUUCUGGAACGAAUGCUCGGCCCGAUUCACCUCACAGGCCAAGCUUCUACCUGUUAGACCCAGCUCCUCAGUCUCGCGACAUUAUAUCUUCAUCUAGUUAUCUGACCGACCUUCCCCGAGAGGGUUUUCGUACCGCGAAUUCUCAUGAGAGCAACGUAUUCCUCUCUGCCGAAGAGAGUGCUAGAGAUCCAACUACAAGUGAUAGACUGCAUCCCGAGGCUUUGCAACCUAGAGCCUUUAGACGAACGCGUGCAAGGCCGAUCGCAGACUACUCGGCCUAUGACACGAUUGCCAUCGAUGAAGAACUAGUUAUCGAUAAUGUUUCAGACCAAAGAAAAAUUGGCCAAGGUCACAGCUUACGCCCUACCGACCCAUUCACUGACCCGAAAAAUGUAGUAUCUGGGAGUGGCGCGUCCCAGACUGGCAUUGCCAUUGCACCGCAAAACACCUCCUAUGUUCAUGAAACACCAUCAAUCCGAGACAAUUAUGAUCCGAAACAGCCCAGGCUGACCCCUCGACAAACAACGUCGCUUCUUACUUGGUUCGUCGAAGAAGUAUUGGACCCAUGGGAGGCAGAUCGCCGAGAGGAGAUGAAGAGGUACCCGCAUAGAUGGCAGCGGGACACCAUCCGUCUCAAGUGGAUGUACUUGGCUCUUAUUCUAGGUCUUACCUCCUACGUCAGCCAGUGGAUGUUCUGGGAAGGGUUUGUUAACGUGGCGGGAGAAAAGUGAGAGACCUCCUUUUCUGCAUUAGAAAUUGCUCUUCCUUCAUUAACAAGGAUACAGGGGUGGCGACUCUUUUCGUUGGCAACGCAUAGAUUAUUUGAGGCGUAUCUUGC